UUUGACUCUGUGAUGAGAAAGGCUGUAGAUGGAGUGGCAUCAGAGUAGAGUGAAGAAAGAUUUCUGAUCCUAGGUAAGUCAAACAAGAAGUUUUUGUCAAUUUGCAAGGGUAAUUUGUGAAUUAGGAUAAAGAUUUCCCUCUCUGAUGUGAGGGAAAAACAGACAAGAUACAAGAACUGAAGUAUAGUCAAAAUACUUCAUAAAAGGCUUUCCAUGGGAUGAAAAUAUAACAAAUUUAUGCUGUGAACUCUAUCACUGACAGUCUUGUGUGCUACUCUCAGAUAGCAUUAAAAUAAUCUAUUUUAAAUUAAUUUUGAUCAUAGAAUCCAGGAUCAGAGCAGUAUGAUUAACACUCCACUCCCAAAGAAACCCCAAAAUCUAUGGCUUUAUUUAAAAAGCUAUCAACAGAUGAAGCUGAGAAAAGUGUACUACAAUGUGCCCAAUUGUAUAAUAUGUAAUUGUGCAGUCAAUGCAUUCUAAAUGUAAAAUUGAUGAAACUUUUUAAAUUUUAUCAACAAGAAUCGAAUAAGAGACUUUCAGCACUUUCUUAAUAUUUGGCAUUUUGGGGUAUUGGCUUGAAUUAAAUUUUUAUCAAUUUUCAAAACCAUUUGCCAAUAAUUUACUUAUACGCCAUCAAAUGAUUCUUUUUAAUCAGUAUGGUUUACAUUCAACAUCAAUAACUAAAUCAUGAAAAGAACUCUUGAGCAAUAAAUGUGAUUAUUUUUAAUCAAGCAUUAUCAUAUUGUAUGUGACUCAAAUUACUCACUUCAAUAUUGGCAAGAUUAAAAAUACCAACAGCACAAGGUAUAAUCAGGGUUGGGUCUGCUGCAGUGAGGUCUGGAAACCAAAGGGCUCCCUCAUGUGCGAUGUCUGGGCAAGGAAGGAUUACUUCACCUGAAGUGAAAUGAAUAAACUGUAAAGUGUAAUAAAACAACCACACAACUGGCUCAACAAUUAUUCACUAAAAGCAGAUGUGAUUAGUAGUGGAUAUUUACUGAACAGCAAAACAGCAAGGCUAAUGUCCACCACUUUCACUGAUAUUGGUUAAGCGAAUAAUCAUUUUAGAUUAUACCACACAGAAACCAAAGGAUUAGUUUACUUUGGUCAAUAUACCAAACAAAUGGGUCAGAAAUUCAACUCUUGAUGGGAUUGAGCAAUUUCAUCUCUUCAGUGGCUUGGAGGUGAAUAGUACUCGUUAAUCAUUUCAGAACCAAGCAAUCAGCUCAUGUGAAAAACCUCUGUUCACCAGUGUGGUGCAUACUAAAUAAAUGUAGAUGAUUAAUUCACAAUUUCAAGAUAACAAAUCCUGAAGGCACCUUUCAAAUACUUAGAGUUCUGUUUGAGGCAAACACGAAUUAGCUUAUUUAAUAUGUAACUGGCCAAUACAUCAAAUACAACAAUACUUCUCCUAUAGUGCUAGUGGCUUAUAAUUAGCCCUGAAUUUCAGUCUAAUUUAACAUUUUGUCCAUUAAUUUGUAGAUUCCUAGAUUUCUUGAACUGGUUAUGGCUGCAGCUCCCAGCUUUCCCACUUACAAAUGGUGGGAAACAGAUGACAAGACCAAAAGGCUUUACACUGAGCUACUUGCAGAAAAGCUGUCAAGCCCACGAAAAUCAGGUGCCACUGCUCUCAGCAGAAAGCCUUCCAAUGGGAAAGAUGCAAGGUCUCAGCUAACAUCAUCUCCUAAACAUGAUAUCCCCAAAGUCAAUUUUAGCUGCGAUGAAAGAAGUUCCAGAAAAAGCAAAGAAGAUAAAGGUGAAGGAGAAGACAAGAGUGGAAAGUACACUUUUGAAACCAUUACCAUAGACACACUUGCUAAGUAUGAGUACAUCAAAAGUCCAAGAAAGCGAGCUGCUAGCACAGUACCUGUGAGUUUCUUUGAAUCAGCAGAGAAUCCAGACAGCAAAGGAAUUAAUAAAGCUGCUACAAGUGGUUACAAGGAUAAUAAAGAAGUUGGUGACAAACUGUUGGCAUCAAAAGUAUCAGAGAACUUCAAGGAAGGAAAAACUGCUUCAUUUUCAAAUGGGCAUUUUCUUAUUUCAGAGAAGUUUACAUCAACAAAAAAUGAUCAUGAAUUGCAAGGACUGAAGAAGGAUGGUGAUGUAAAAGAUGAUUCCAGGAAAGGAGCUUUGAUGAAGAAAGAGAAACCUUCACGUGCUAAACUAGCAGAAAUCCCUGAAUACACCUCCUCUGAAUCUAGUGAGAGCUCAGCAGACGAAACAGUGCUUCUAGGAGCAGGAAAUAAUGCAAAGAAACCAAUGACAGCUCUGACGUCAAAAGAAUCACAAGACAACAAGAAAACUGGAGAAGCUGACAAGCCUUUAAAGAUUGAGGAGCUCAGCACAAAGUUUCAGUAUUUAAGUGAGGAAGUUGCUCAACUAGAGUUUAAAAUGUUUGAGUUCUCUGAUGACAUAAAGAAGUUGAAACAAGCUAUGGGAUUUCAAGAUACCAAAGUUGAAAAUUGUGAAAAGGAAAAAACAAGCACCAAAGAUCUGCCUGUUGUGAAGAAAAACGAGUAUGGAAUGACACGCUCCAAAAGCUUCACACAUGCUGAUAAGUUCAACAGCAAGGCUUUACUUAUGAAGCAGAAUGCUUCACCAAGCAAGAUGCUGGCAGCUAAACCUGGUGGGCUUCUUUCAGAAAAAUUACCAUUGGAGGGUACAAGCAAAGAGGAUGCCAUUGCUGAGUUGAAGAAGAAUGGAGCCUUGACUGAAAUCAUCAACAAAAUAAAGGUGCAAGAAUUCAGUGAAGAUGAGAUUCAAGAAAUAUUGAGAUGUGCAAAAGAUAAGUACAUGAAAAAGCCAAAUUAG